GGGCCCCGCGCGCAGCCGGGCGGCGCAGGUGAGGCCGGCCGCGCCAUGGUGGACCCGGUGGGCUUCGCCGAGGCGUGGAAGGCGCAGUUCCCGGACUCGGAGCCGCCGCGCAUGGAGCUGCGCUCAGUGGGCGACAUCGAGCAGGAGCUAGAGCGUUGCAAGGCCUCCAUCCGGCGCCUGGAGCAGGAGGUGAACCAGGAGCGCUUCCGCAUGAUCUACCUGCAGACGCUGCUGGCCAAGGAGAAGAAGAGCUACGACCGGCAGCGCUGGGGCUUCCGGCGCGCCGCUCAGCCCCCCGACGGCGCCCCCGAGCCCCGCGCGCCGCGCCCCCAGCCCGCACCCGCCGACGGCGCCGACCCUCCGCCCGCCGACGAGUCCGAGUCCCGGCCAGAUGGAGAGGGUUCCCCGGGCAAAGCCAGGCCCGCGGCCGCUCGCAGGCCCGGGACCGCUGCUCCCGCGGACCGCGACGACCGGGGGCCCCCCACCAGCGUGGCGGCUCUGCGCUCCAACUUCGAGAGGAUCCGCAAGGGCCCGGGCCAGCCAGCGGCGGCGGACGCCGAGAAGCCCUUCUACGUGAACGUCGAGUUCCACCACGAGCGCGGCCUGGUGAAGGUCAACGACAAAGACGUCUCGGACCGCAUCAGCUCCCUGGGCACCCAGGCCAUGCAGAUGGAGCGCAAGAGGUCCCAGCAGGGCGCCGGGCCCGGCCCGGGGGAUGCGCCCAGGCCCCCCUACCGCGGGCGCGCCUCCGAGAGCAGCUGCGGCCUCGACGGCGACUAUGAGGACGCCGAGCUGAACCCGCGCUUCCUGAAGGACAACCUGAUCAACGCCGACGGCGGCGGCAGGCCCCCCUGGCCGCCCCUGGAGUACCAGCCCUACCAGAGCAUCUACGUCGGGGGCAUGAUGGUGGAAGGGGAGGGCAAGGGCCCGCUCCAGCUCAGCCAGAGCACUUCGGAGCAGGAGAAGCGCCUUACCUGGCCCCGCAGGUCCUACUCCCCUCGGAGCUUUGAGGACAGCGGAGGCGGCUACACGCCAGACUGCAGCUCCAACGAGAACCUCACCUCCAGCGAGGAGGACUUCUCCUCGGGCCAGUCCAGCCGCGUGUCCCCGAGCCCCACCACCUACCGCAUAUUCCGAGACAAGAGCCGCUCGCCCUCGCAGAACUCUCAGCAGUCCUUUGACAGCAGCAGCCCCCCGACGCCGCAGUGCCAGAAGCGGCACCGGCAGGGCCAGGUGGUCGUGUCCGAGGCCACCAUCGUGGGCGUCCGCAAGACGGGGCAGAUCUGGCCCAACGAUGGGGACAGCUUGUCGGGCAGGGUGCCUCAGGAUGGCGCCUUCCAUGGAGACGCAGAUGCGUCGUUCGGAACGCCACCGGGGUACGGCUGUGCUGUGGACCUGGCUGAGGAGCAGCGCCGGCACCAGGACGGGCUGCCCUACAUCGACGACUCGCCCUCCUCCUCGCCCCACCUGGGCAGCAAGGGCAGGGGCAGCCGGGACGCACCGGAGGCCACCAAAGCGACUGAGCUGGACCUGGAAAAGGGCUUGGAGAUGAGGAAAUGGGUCCUGUCCGGAAUCCUGGCUAGCGAGGAGACAUACCUGAGCCACCUGGAGGCACUGCUGCUGCCCAUGAAGCCUUUGAAGGCCGCUGCCACCACCUCUCAGCCGGUGCUGACAAGCCAGCAGAUCGAGACCAUCUUCUUCAAAGUGCCCGAGCUCUACGAGGUCCACAAGGACUUCUAUGAUGGGCUCCUCCCCCGCGUGCAGCAGUGGGGCCGCCAGCAGUGCGUGGGUGACCUCUUCCAGAAGCUGGCCAGCCAGCUGGGUGUGUACCGGGCCUUUGUGGACAACUACGGAGUUGCCAUGGAAACGGCCGAGAAGUGCUGUCAGGCCAACGCUCAGUUUGCAGAAAUCUCCGAGAACCUGAGAGCCAGAAGCAACAAGGAUGCCAAGGACCAGAUGACCAAGAACUCUUUGGAAACCCUUCUUUACAAGCCUGUGGACCGGGUGACGCGGAGCACACUGGUCCUGCAUGACUUGCUGAAACACACUCCAUCCAGCCACCCCGACUACCCUUUGCUGCAGGACGCCCUCCGAAUCUCCCAGAACUUCCUGUCCAGCAUCAACGAGGAGAUCACACCCCGCCGGCAGUCCAUGACCGUGAAGAAGGGGGAGCACCGGCAGCUGCUGAAGGACAGCUUCAUGGUGGAGCUGGUGGAGGGCGCCCGCAAGCUGCGCCACGUCUUCCUGUUCACCGACCUGCUCCUGUGCACCAAGCUCAAGAAGCAGAGCGGAGGCAAAACCCAGCAGUACGACUGCAAGUGGUACAUCCCGCUCACGGAUCUCAGCUUCCAGACGGUGGACGAGUCGGAGGCUGCGCCCAACAUCCCCCUGGUGCUGGACGAGGAGCUGGAUGCCAUGAAGAUGAAGAUUUCCCAGAUCAAGAGUGACAUCCAGAGAGAGAAGAGAGCGAACAAGGGCAGCAAGGCCAUUGAGAGGCUGAGGAAGAAGCUCUCGGAGCAGGAGUCCAUGCUUCUGCUCAUGUCGCCGAGCAUGGCCUUCAGGGUGCACAGCCGCAACGGCAAGAGUUACACGUUCCUGAUCUCAUCCGACUAUGAGCGUGCCGAGUGGCGGGAGAACAUCCGGGAGCAGCAGAAGAAAUGUUUCAAGAGCUUCUCCCUGACUUCCGUGGAGCUCCAGAUGCUGACCAACUCGUGCGUCAAACUCCAGACCGUCCACAGCAUCCCGCUGACCAUCAACAAAGAAGACGAUGAAUCUCCUGGGCUCUAUGGGUUCCUGAAUGUCAUCGUCCACUCUGCCACCGGCUUUAAGCAGAGUUCAAGUCUGUACUGCACCCUGGAGGUGGACUCCUUUGGCUACUUUGUAAAUAAAGCCAAGACGCGUGUCUACAGGGACACAGCUGAGCCCAACUGGAAUGAGGAGUUUGAGAUCGAGCUGGAAGGCUCCCAGACUUUGAGGAUACUGUGUUAUGAGAAGUGUUACAACAAAACGAAGCUCACCAAGGAAGACGGCGAGAGCACAGACAGGAUCAUGGGGAAGGGCCAGGUCCAGCUGGAUCCCCAGGCCCUGCAGGACAGAGACUGGCAGCGGACCAUCAUCGCCAUGAACGGGAUCGAGGUGAAGCUCUCAGUCAAGUUCACCAGCAGGGAGUUCAGCCUGAAGAGGAUGCCUUCCCGAAAACAGACGGGUGUCUUCGGAGUCAAGAUUGCCGUGGUCACCAAGAGGGAGCGGUCCAAGGUGCCCUACAUCGUGCGCCAGUGCGUGGAGGAGAUCGAGCGCCGGGGCAUGGAGGAGGUGGGCAUCUACCGUGUGUCCGGCGUGGCCACGGACAUCCAGGCGCUGAAGGCGGCCUUUGACGUCAAUAACAAGGACGUGUCGGUGAUGAUGAGUGAGAUGGAUGUGAACGCCAUCGCCGGGACGCUGAAGCUCUACUUCCGAGAGCUGCCCGAGCCCCUCUUCACGGACGAGUUCUACCCCAACUUCGCCGAGGGCAUCGCCCUCUCAGACCCAGUUGCGAAGGAGAGCUGCAUGCUUAACUUACUGCUGUCACUGCCAGAGGCCAACCUGCUCACCUUCCUCUUCCUUCUGGACCACCUGAAAAGGGUGGCGGAGAAGGAGACGGUGAACAAGAUGUCCCUGCACAACCUCGCCACAGUGUUCGGCCCCACGCUGCUGCGGCCCUCGGAGAAGGAGAGCAAACUCCCUGCCAACCCCAGCCAGCCCAUCUCCAUGACCGACAGCUGGUCCCUGGAGGUCAUGUCCCAGGUCCAGGUGCUACUGUACUUCCUGCAGCUGGAGGCCAUCCCCGCCCCGGACAGCAAGAGACAGAGCAUCCUGUUCUCCACGGAAGUCUAGGGGCCCCACUCCAUCUCCAAGAGGCCAGCACACAGCCUGGGAACCUCCAAGGAAACGGGCCAUCCACAGAGCGGGAACCGAACCUUCUAGAGGAGUAAUUGGGCCACCCCUCAGGGCCGGGCUGUCUGCCAGGAGAAACUACCCAAGGCAAAAGCCCAAGGGGCCUGGACGGUGCAGGGCCCCCAGCCUGCGAGCUCCGGGCUGGCCUCAGACUGUGGUUUUCCACGCCGCCACCAGAGGGCGCCCCAAGCCAGCACAUCCUGGGCGGGGCCAGGCGAAGGGAGUGGUUUCUAUGAAUUUAACUUAUCAAAGUUGAAAGAUUUCUACUGGAUCACCUGUCAAGAUGCACCCUCCCCGGGGAGAAGGGACCAGGAGCAGAUUCCCUCACUACCGUGUCUUGAAUAAACACUGCUGCUGCUUCAUGCCUGGGGGCCGGGCCCCGUCCCGUGUGGGUAGGGGGAGCGGGGGGGGGGGGGGCAUUUCAAUUUCCCAGACUUAGAAGUUCUACUCCUGUCUGUCACAGGGUUUGAAAAGCUAAGUCUCCACUGUGUAGCGCUUGACCCCUUUCACCGCCAUUCUUCUCUUUCUUUGUAGAAGGAUCUGUGCAGAAAUGGGUCGUCUUCCCAGUCUGUCCUGUUGCUUUGUGUUUGCUGAUCGAGUGCCCCUCGGAAGGCAGCUCCCCGCGGAGCCGUGUACCGUCCAGGACCGGACACCAGGGGAGGGAGCCCAGGCUGCGCACUUUAUGGCUAGUUGUCUAGGGGGAGCGACCCCGCCCCCUCCCCACUGCCCCGCCGGGCACACGCGCUCAGAGAGGCCCCAGUCUCCGGCUCUCCCUCCCCCGGUCGUCCGCUACACAGAUCGCUACAUCCCUCGCUCUCUGCUCCACACACUCAGCAAACUUUUGUAAAGGUUUCCUCAGCAGCAGAGCUCGCCAACAGCUUGUUUUAAACUUUGAUCCGAAUAGCCUUUUGAUACUUGAAGAUUUUUAAGUUUUAUACAUAGUUUCUAAUUUUUUUCCUAACAGAUGCAGAUACCUAAUAAGAUGUUAGAAUGUACCCUGUGGACAGUCCAUGUCCCAGCGGCAUCUUGUCUUCCUCCAAACGCCAGCUCUGUUGGCGUCAGGAGCCGCUUCUCAAGUCUCCUGAGCAUCUGGAGUCGGGGGGGGGGGGGUUAGGAAGCGGGGGGUUGUGGGCCAAGGGGAGCCCCCAUCCCGGAGCAGGUGUGGGGACAGACGCACCUGCUCACCACGCACCUGUGUGCAAGCCAGGACAUUCCAUCUGACUUAGAGGAAAGAGAACUGGGGAGGCCACUGAGUAUUUUGAGGAAACAAGUCCGUGAAGAAUUGUAUCACUUUUUCCAAAAAAGGAUGGAGGCGAGGAGGAAAGAAACUGAGAGGCCAGGUUUCCAUGCUGGACUUGCAGGAAGAGAGUGUGUGGCUAACCCGGAGGAGGGAAGCGGUGGCAUGACUCAGGAAAAGGCAUUUGCUUGUCACACGAUGACACCAGUCACAGGUGACACUGUCCCACGAUCCUUCCUGUGUCCCCAACGGGGUGGGAAGGCUCAGCAGAUGUGUCACUGGGCAGCUGCUGCCCAAGCUCGUGGCACGUGGCGAGGCCACAUGCCCCCCACUCUCCCCUCUGCUUGUGGACCUGCCGAGGCAGGGAACAGAAAAAGAAGUCACUUGAAGGUCUUAGUCUGCACACCGUAUUUAUUUAGUUGUACUUUUUCUUGCAAGAAGAGCAGACUCACCAUUGUAAAGCAAUGCGGCCCUCUGGGGGACGCGGGCAGGAGCUGGGUCCUCUGGACUCGGGGUUUCUCAGGCCUCCAGCACCAAGCCUCCUCUGGCCUGACUCCCCAGCACCAUCCAGCCCGAGGGGAACGCACUUUGCUUAGAAAAGCUUAGACCCUGCCCUUGUUUCUGUUUCCCUGGAGUCUCAUGAUUUGCGUCUGUCGCAUUGAAACUGGAAAGCAAUCUCUCAGUGUUGGUGCCAAUUUUCAUUCCCUCCCACACCUCCUUCCCCUUUGACUUUAUUUAUGUAGGAUGAGUGCUGUUUAAUGGUGGAAUGACCACUCUUUUCCUGUGUAGCUGGCAGAAGCCCACCUUCUCUGGGCCACAGUGGUGGAGGUCACUUUGGGUCCCCAGGCGCCCGUGUCACCUGUCUGACACUCAGGCCUGAGGGUUGGCAAAAGCCAGUGGCCGGGUGACGGCCUGGAGUCCAGACGUGACCUUGCACGAGGCUCAGAGGCCAGACUCCACAGCCCUGGGCCCUGGGUCCGGAGCAGUGAGCUCGGAGGGCAGCCCGGCCUCACGUGGUGGGUGGCUGGUCUUGGCAUCUGUGUGUCUGCUUUUGAGCUCGGCCGCCUGUGUACCACCGUGGGGGAAAGAACUGCUGACCCUUUCAUUAAACUUCCCUGAGACUA